CUGUCCGGUGCGGUCCUACCUUCGCAGGCCCCUGAACCAUAACGGGGAGUUGUAGAGUUUUUUGAAUGACUGAAGGAGUGGGAUGUUUAUUACGUUUUUUUUAUAAUACGUGUGGAUUAAUGUUGUUUUUUUCCCUUUCUUCGUAAUGGAGCAGUUGGUGGCGGCAAUACAACAAUAGUUGUGGUAUGCCAUAACGUUUCAGAGAAGAAGAAUCUCUAAGUGUUGGCACUUUUAUUUUGAAAUCCAUAACACUUCCGGGACUUGAACAGCGUAAUUCGACUUGUGGCACUGAAAUGCUAUAUUGUAGUCGAAUUGUCUCAGAUUAAGAUUUACCUUGAGUUUUGACAAUACUUUUCCUUAUUAGUUUUAGACAAGACGUGACAAUGUCUCAAGAUUGGAUCGGUUAUAGCUAUGCUGCAUUGGUCUUGGCAGGAGGAAUCAUGGGUUAUGUAAAAGCAGGAAGUGUAACUUCACUGGUUGCGGGACUUUUCUUUGGGUUCCUAGCUGGACUUGGUGCCUACCUGAUGUCUCAGAAUCCUAAAGAUGUCAGGCUUUCUCUCGGUACCUCAGGAACACUGGCCAUUGUCAUGGGAAUGAGGUUUAUAAAUUCCUGGAAGUUCAUGCCAGCUGGUCUGAUGACAAUAGCAAGUUUCCUGAUGCUGGGGAAGACUGCAGUGGGGAUGUUCAAGAGACCACAUGAUUCUUAAAUGUGAAGAAUAUAGGAAUGUCACUGUUUUUCUAUCUGAUGACAUCUAGUGGCCCUUUCUGGGUACUUUAGAUGAUCACAGGUGUCUGCCGUUACCCCAGAUUCACCUUAUGGCUUUUUACUGGUAGGCUCUGAUGAAGGUCGAGUGACCGAAAGCUGACCCACAAUUAAAGAAAUGUGCAUCUGAUUGGAAGUGUGCAGAGACUA